AUGCGCAUAUACUCUGUUGCUCCCUCAGACACCGACGAAGGAACCCUCGAUCUCGAACUCCUCCGGACGUUGCGACCACACACAUCGCCUGUCGUAACCCUGGCUGUCGACCGCACUGGAACAUUGGUUGCUACUGGUGGCGCAGAUGGCAUCGUCAAAGUCUGGGACAUUCGCGCUGGGUAUACGACGCACACCUUCCAUGGGCACGGGGGCGUAGUUUCGGCUUUGCAUUUCUUUGAGGUCCAAGUAGCUCGACAGGACGACACAUCAGACAACAGCAAGAAGAGGAAGCGAACAAAGUCACAACAAGAAGAGACUCAGGCUGUGGCAGGCGCAGGAGAAUACAGCAUCGAGUUCCGGCUAGCAUCUGGUGCGGAAGACGGCAAGAUUCGCGUUUGGGAUUUGCACAAGCGCAAAAGCGCUGCAGUCCUAGAUUCUCAUGUCUCAGUUGUGCGCUCGCUGCAAUACUCGCCCAAAACGCAGAUGCUUGUGUCUGGAAGCAGAGACAAAACUGUAAUACUCUGGAGCGCGGAUCGAUGGAAGGUUUCACGGACGAUUGCAGCUCUGGAAGGCGUGGAAAGUGCGGGCUUCAUUGGCGACGGCGACUACAUCUACUCUGGCGGCGAGAACGGCUGCGUGAGAUUAUGGUCGGUCACCUCUGGAAGCGAAAUCACACAAGAGCAAGAGGCAGGCUUCGAGACUGAUUCGAUUGUUGAUGUACUGCAUCACGCUGCAUUGCCGUACCUCAUUUCAGUCCACGCAGAUCAGGUCCUGAACUUUCAUUCCCUACCAGAAUUCGAGUCGUUGGACGCAAGCACGACUGUCGAGCCCCUAUCUAUCUUUCGACGCGUUUCCGGCACGCAUGACGAAGUCAUCGACAUGGCAUAUGUUGGUCGGGACAAGUCGAUGCUUGCUCUGAACACCAACUCAGAGGACAUCCGAAUAGUGACCCUCAACGAAUCCACUGUACCGGGUGAUGCGACCCAAGGGCGAUACUUUGGCGCAGAUGUGGGAUUGUUGAAGGGCCACGAGGACAUUGUUAUUUGCUUGGAUGUGGACUGGUCGGGUCACUGGCUUGUGACAGGCGCGAAGGACAACACAGCACGGUUGUGGAGAUUGGACCCCGAAAAUGACUCAUACACGUGUGCCGCUGUGCUCACUGGUCAUGCCGAAUCCCUUGGAGCUAUUGCAUUGCCACACACUGUACCACAGGAGUCUUCGGCAGCUUACUUGGAUCCAUUAUCACACCCUCCAGCGUAUAUCAUUACGGGAUCGCAAGAUCGGACAGUGAAGAGGUGGGACGUUACGAAGGAAAUGAAGCAGAAGCUACGAGCCAAGUAUACACGUAAAGCACACGACAAGGACAUCAACGCCAUCGAUAUCGACCCGUCAGGAACACUUUUCGCCUCUGCAUCACAAGAUCGCACAGUCAAGAUAUACUCUGCUACCGAGGGAGAAGCCAUUGGUGUGCUCAGAGGCCAUCGUCGUGGUGUGUGGACUGUCAAGUUUGCGCCAAAGAAUUCACAGGUACCCAACUCCGGCAGUAAAGGCCUGAUCGCUACCGGAAGUGGAGACAAGACGGUCAAGAUCUGGAGUCUGACAGACUACAGCUGUCUUCUGACCCUGGAGGGUCAUUCGAACAGUGUCUUGAAGCUUGCCUGGCUACCUUACCGACCAGUCGAUGCGAGAGACAAGCGAGGCCCACAAGUCGCUUCUGCAGCUGGAGAUGGUCUCGUUAAGGUCUGGGACUCAGAAUCUGGCGAGACCAUGUCGACGCUUGACAACCACACCGAUCGUGUAUGGGCGCUAGUGGCACACCCUACUACAGGCUCACUAGUCUCGGGAGGUGGUGACAGUGUCAUCACUUUCUGGCAAGACACGACGAGUGCAACACUAGAAGCAGCGACAACCGCUGAAAUGGAGCGUGUAGAGCUUGAUCAGAAAUUACAGAACUUUGCGUAUGCGGGUAACUACCGCGAGGCCAUCGUUCUUGCGCUACAGAUGGACCAACCUGGCCGCUUGCUCUCGCUGUUUAAGAGUGUAAUCGAGACUGAGAAGCCAGAUGAGGGAAGCAUGACUGGUCUUGCUGCCGUCGACGAUGUACUAGGCAACCUUGCAGACGAGCAGCUGUACAAGCUUCUCCUACGCCUGCGCGAUUGGAACACCAAUGUCCGGACCGCACCCAUUGCGCAGAAGAUUUUGUGGACAGUUGUCAAAUCGUACCCAGCAUCUAGAUUGGCAGGCUUGAGACCCGCAGGCAAGGUUGCUGCAAAGGGCAGCUUGGAAGGAUGUCCUUGGAUGCCAUCCCGAGCGUACAAGUGA